AUGACAUCAUGGCAAACAGAGCUUCAAAUGACUGAUAUGAAUCACUACAAUUACAAUGGCCAAGCCAUUCCAUCAACUGCUCUCAAGAAAAUUCUCACUCGCCCUAAAUUGGCUCGUGAAGCCAAUGCCGCCGAUGUAGAUUCAGGUCGCCUUUCAGGCAUGAUUUUUGUCUCUGAACGCGAUCAUCUUGAAAAACUUUACAUAGCUCUUCACUUCAAUGAUAGGACACCCAACGUUAAAAUCUUCUGUUUCGCCGAUGUAUAUGACACAUUUGAUGGUGUUCGAAUGGAAGAUAGAGGUUGUGUUGCGGGUGAUUAUCUUAUUUAUGUUUCUACUAAGGAUGAUCCUGGUAAACGUCGUCAACCAUGGACUGUUGUUUUCAAAACUAAUCUUAAGACUGCUCAAACUGAACGACUCACCCCAUUAGAUAAUCCUUCUGAUCGCAAGUUAGUUAUAACCAAUGGAGGUUGGCCGAGUUGGGGGAGUGACAAUGUCAUAUUUUUCCAUAGUAAAAAGGAUGGAUUCUGGGCUGUAUUCAGAGCUGACAUUAGCAAAUCAGUAUGCAUUCGUGUCACCCCUCAUAACAUAAAAGCAGUGACUCCAGCGGCCAUUGAUGCUAACACUGUAGUUGUCGCAACUAUUCAUGGAACAUAUCGACAUAUCGAAGUUUUUGAUUGUACUGAAAAAAGACAACCCAUGCCAAUCACUCUGAACAUAGCACCAGAGAUUGACCACUUUAAUCCUUUUGUGAUUGAUGGUGGAAAGCGCAUUGGUUACCAUCGUUCUAAGACUAACUUUCUAAAGGAUGGAAAUCUUAAAAUUGAAGAAAAUUUCAAGGUGUUGAAUUCUCCAAAUCCAGAUAUAGGAUUGUUUAGGACUUCAGGAGUGUUUCCAACAUUUUCCCAAAAUGGCUCCAAGCUUGCAUUCGUCGAUAAUGAUUUCAAGAAUCUGUGGUUAGCCGAUAGACAAGGAUUGCGUAAAAUUUAUACGACAACAAAUAGCAUUUUCGGACCAGUUUGGAACCAAAAUCCCGAAAAGGAUGCAUUGUAUUUCUGCAUGGGAGAACCUUUCAACCCUAAAGCAGCCGUAGCCAUUUAUGCCAUGCAACAUGUAGGAAAAUAUAACCAAAUUAUCAAACAACUUACUGCAUGUGGCACUAAUAAUGCUUUUCCAUCAUCUAAUCCAGAAGGCACAAAAAUAGUAUUUCGAUCUACAAGAAAUGGAGGAGAAGAGGGACACAAAAAUUUAUACAUAAUGGAAAAUGCAGAAUGUGGUGAGUUUGGAGGAGGAACAACAAGAAGGCUAACAAGAGGAAAUUGGACCGACACACAUUGCAGUUGGUCACCAAAUGGUGAUUGGAUAGUGUUCUCUUCAUCUAGAAACAAGUCACCUGACGCACCAAAAACUGACAAUGGUCUUGACCCAGGAUUUUUUAAUGUGUAUCUAGUAAGUGCAAAUAAUCCUUGGAUGUUGGCAAGAGUAUUUGGAAGUGGGUAUGGUUUUCAAGGGCACGUAAAUCAUCCAUUUUUCAGUCCUGAUGGUAUGAGCAUUGUUGUGACUUCUGAUCUUGCUGGUGUGUCUGCUGAUCCAAUCUCUAUGCCUAUUGUUCCCCACUCUGUUAGACCUUAUGGAGACAUAUUCACUGUGGAUAUUGUUAACCCAAAUGACAUUACCAAAAACACAAAUGUGAAGAACUUCAAACGUAUUACACAUAGUAGGUAUGAAAAUACUACUGCUAGUUGGACAAAGUUCUCAACUAAAGACCCACAUGCAGUAUGGAAUAGUCAAUUAGAAUCUAACAAAGAUCACCAUUAUAUGCUCAAAUGCCCUUAUGCACAUCCUAAAACAGGUUGA